UUGUUAUAGCCAGGGAACGUGCGGGUUAGUCUUUUACUUGUUCAGGGGCCACUCUUGGCGCUGGCAUCCCGUAAACAAUGUGGUGCGUGCUUCACAGGCUCCUGAUUAUGGGAUAGUGUUGCCACGUCUCAGGCGUUCGUAUAUUUAAACUCUGACAUGAUGUGUUCGCUGUCAUGGCUGACGCAUCUCUGCGGCUUCGUAUUCUCGCAGGCCAACGGCGCCGCGUUCAUCGCCUCCCUGCUCGCGUACCUUCUACUCGGGUUUUACCGGAGGCGGCGGGACUUCGCUCACAUCCCGCCCGGUCCAAAGCCGUGGCCGAUUUUCGGCAACUUCGGCGGCUUUUUCAUCCCGCGUUUCAUCAGGAGGCGCUUCCGCCGCCGCCGGUCCGAAAGCGGCGAUCUGAAGAACACCCUUGACGUGUUAACGAAGCUCGCGGACACGUACGGUGACGUGUACAGCCUCUUCGUUGGGAGUCAGCUGGUCGUUGUGCUCAAUGGCUAUGACGCUGUCAAGGAUGCUCUGUCAAACCACCCGGAUGUGUUUUCCGACAGACCGAACAUCCCCGCUAUCACGAUAUUGACCAAACGCAAAGGAAUAGUUUUUGCACCCUACGGUCCCAUUUGGAGAAAGCAGCGCAAGUACUGCCACGCGACGCUCAGGAACUUCGGCCUGGGGAAGCUGAGUCUGGAGCCGUGCGUUCUGCAGGGACUGGCCGCCAUCAAAACCGAGCUGCUGCGUCUGAAUGAGGCGUCCGGUGGCGCCGGCGUGGACCUGGCUCCGCUCAUCAGCAACGCUGCGUCCAACGUGAUCUGCUCAAUGAUCAUGGGCGAGCGCUUCCAUCACGGGGACCGUGAGUUCCGAACACUGCUGGACCUGAUGGCACGCGGGCUGGAGAUCUGCGUGAACAGCGCCGCCUUCUUCAUCAACAUCUUCCCACUGUUGUACCAUUUGCCUUUUGGGGUCUUCAAGGAGUUCAGGCAGGUGGAAGGAGACAUCACGGUGUUUCUGAAGAGGAUCAUUGCGAAGCACAGGGAAACCCUGGAUCCCGUGAACCCCAGAGACCUGACUGAUAUGUACCUGGUGGAGAUGUUGGCCCAGCAGGCCGCUGGGGAGGGCGACAGCAGCUUCUCGGAAGAUUACCUUUUUUAUAUAAUAGGAGAUCUGUUCAUUGCUGGCACUGACACCACCACUAACUCAGUGUUGUGGAUUAUUCUCUACAUGGUCUUAUAUCCUGAAAUCCAAGGCAAAGUCCAGGCAGAGCUUGACCGAGUGGUGGGCAACAAUCGAGUCCCAUCACUGACCGAUAAGGGACGUUUACCUUUCACUGAAGCCACGAUCAUGGAAGUGCAGAGACUGGCUGUGGUGGUUCCUCUGGCUAUUCCUCAUAUGGCCUCGGAGACAACAGAGUUCAGGGGCUACACUAUUCCUAAAGGAACGGUUAUUCUGCCCAACCUGUGGUCUGUCCAUAGAGACCCCACUGUGUGGGAGGAUCCAGACAUUUUCAACCCAUCACGCUUCCUGGAUGCUGAAGGAAAGUUGCUCAGGAGGGAGUGCUUCAUACCAUUUGGGAUCGGUCGUAGGGUGUGCAUGGGCGAACAGCUGGCAAAGAUGGAGCUGUUCCUGAUGGUGACCAGCUUACUGCAGGCCUUCGCAUUCAGCCUUCCAGAGGAAAAGCCCCCCCCACCUCUGCUCGGACGAUACGGCCUGACACUCGCACCAUGUCCGUACUCUGUAUGUGUGAGAGCCCGACAGGCGAUACUGUAAAAGACUUGGUUUAAACAUAGGGAAAAACAUUUUCUGUAAAUGGAGCCAGAUGGAGCCUCUGAUGCCAGAGGCCUUUUAUAAAGGGCCUUGAAAAAGAGUAAGCAGUCUGUGCAAUACACAAGGCUUUAAUUGGUCUGUAGAUGUAUUAUAAUGCUACUACUGUUAUUUCCAUACAAUAAUGAUGAAUGCCAGUAAGAAAUAUUUUAUAAUACCAACAGUUAUUUUUAAUUAUUUAAUUAAUAUUUUAUUAGGUAUUAUAUUUGUAACAAAAUGUUUUUGCUAUGAUAUGUUGUUUUGGAUUUGAGUCUAAAAUAAAUAACUACUGUAACACAA